CCAAUUUAGACCGAGUCGACUCGCUUACUCUGUGAGUCAAGGACUAAUCUCAAAAACGCGUUGAAUCAAAUACUCUGAACCUUACUACUACUCCCUAUCCUCCCACUUUCCUUUUAUAUUCCUUUUCCUUUUUCAUUCCUAUAUUAAUCUCUCAUCUCUUCUUCUUCUUUUCCAUCCGUAUUCCUUCAAUUCUCUCACUACUUCAAUUCUACUUCUUCUUCUUUUUUUUUCUUUUUUUAAAAAAAAAAACAAUAUAACUUAAUUUAAUUUAAAUUUUCAUCAUAUUCAGCCAUGCUUAUCCACGAUCUCAACAUCAACCACCAAUCCAUCCACAAACCCAUCCAAAUUCGUGAAGUUUGGGCUUCCAAUCUCGAUUCCGAAUUUCGUUUGAUCAGCGAUCUCAUCGAUCGAUUCCCUUGCGUUUCAAUGGACACGGAGUUCCCCGGAGUCAUCUUCCCCCAACAAACCAAACCCAAAUUUCCAAAUCACCCCUCCUAUCACUACCAAUUCCUCAAAUCCAACGUCGACGUCCUCCAUCUCAUCCAGAUCGGAAUCACUCUCUCCGAUUCUGACGGAAACUUGCCGGAUCUGGGAACCGGCGACACCCGAUUUAUCUGGGAGUUCAACUUUAAGGACUUCGACGUGGCGCGUGACCCCCACGCUCCGGACUCCAUCGAGCUUCUCCGCCGUCAGGGCAUCGACUUCGAGAGGAACCGAGAGGAAGGGAUCGAUUCGUCACGCUUCGCGGAGUUGAUGAUGUCAUCGGGACUCGUCUGUAACGAGUCAGUGAGUUGGGUGACGUUUCACAGUGCCUAUGAUUUUGGGUAUUUGGUUAAGAUUUUAACCCAGCAAAAGCUUCCGAAAGGGUUAGAAGAAUUCCUCGGCGUCGUUAGGGUUUUCUUCGGGGAUAACGUGUACGAUAUGAAGUACAUGAUGCGGUUCUGCCAGAGUCUAUACGGGGGUUUGGACCGGAUAGCGAAAACUAUGAAUGUGAACCGGGCGGUGGGAAAGUGCCAUCAAGCCGGGUCAGAUAGCUUGCUGACGUGGCAUGCCUUUCAAAAGAUGAGAGAUACUUUUUUUGUAGAGAAUGAAAUGCACAAACAUGCUGGGGUUUUGUACGGUUUAGAGGUCUUCUAAUCUAAAUCUAAAAAUGUACCGUAAAUAAAUUUAAUUUUAAAAUUAUAUACCCAUAUAUUAUUUGUUUUCUUA